UUAGGUGUAAUCAUGUGUAAAGAGAAUAAUAGUGCCAGUCCAAACCACUUACAGAAAAGCAGGUCAAGUGGAAGAGUUUCAGAAAGAUUUAUAUUCCAUCCCAGAGAGCUUUAUUUCAAAACAUGGAGAACAAACAGAUCAUUAAUUUUGGAGCUGGACCAGCCAAACUUCCUCAGCCGGUUUUACUCCAAGCACAGAAGGAGCUGCUGGAUUACAGUGGCACUGGGAUAAGCAUUCUUGAAAUGAGCCACAGAUCGUCUGAUUUCUCCAAGAUCAUAAACAGUACUGAAAACCUUCUCCGUGAACUUCUGAAUGUACCUGAAAACUAUAAGAUACUGUUCCUGCAAGGCGGAGGCUCGGGACAGUUCAGCGGGAUUCCUCUCAAUCUGAUUGGUCUGAAGGAGGACAGGUGUGCCGAUUAUCUGGUCACGGGGACCUGGUCUGCAAAGGCAGCCAAAGAGGCAGAGAAGUAUGGAAAAGUGAACGUGAUUCAUCCGAAACUGGAUUGCUACACCAAAAUCCCAGACAGUAGCACUUGGUCGCUGAAUCCUUCAGCAUCUUACGUCUACUACUGCUGCAAUGAGACGGUGCACGGCGUAGAGUUUAACUUCAUCCCGGACACUAAAGGAGUGCUUCUGGUCAGCGACAUGUCAUCUAACUUCCUCUCCAGGCCGGUGGAUGUGUCGAAGUUUGGUCUGAUAUUUGCCGGCGCGCAGAAGAAUGUGGGCUGUGCGGGUGUGACGGUUGUCAUCGUCAGAGAGGAUUUGAUGGGCAAGGCCCUGAAAGAGUGUCCUAUUAUACUGGAUUAUCAGGUGCAGGCUGGAAAUAACUCGCUCUACAACACUCCUCCAUGCUUCAGUAUUUACAUCAUGGCUUUGGUUCUGGAGUGGAUCAAGAACAACGGAGGGGCGGAUGCCAUGGAACGACUAAACGAACAGAAAUCCGACAUCAUCUAUGACAACAUCAACCACUCCAAUGGAUUCUACUCAUGCCCAGUUGACGAGGCGUGCCGAAGCCGCAUGAACAUUCCGUUCCGCAUCGGAAAGAAGGAAGGAGAUGAAAGUCUUGAAAAGGCAUUCCUGGAUGGUGCUUCGAAACUUGGCAUGAUCUCACUUAAAGGACACAGGUCAGUGGGUGGCAUCCGGGCUUCCCUGUACAAUGCCGUGACUGUUGAAGAUGUGAAGGCUCUUGCCGCAUACAUGGAAGAAUUCCUUAAGAAUCACCGUUAGCGUAAAAGCCUUUUUUGCAAGUAGUAGUUUUUACUUGCACCUUUAAACUGGAGUGACACUAACAGAUUGGCUGCAUUUCUUGCAACAAGUUGUAGCAAAUGAAUGUAAUGUAACAAAAAUCUAAUUCUCUUAGAUUCUAAUUCUAAUUCUCUAGCAAAUGGUUGUCAUUGUUGCCUAACUUUUUUUUAUUUUGUUUUACUGACCCUUGUAUUUGAAUUCUGCUGUGCCUUAAUGCUUGUAAAAUUGUAUUUGAAUUGUUUUCCAAAACAUUCCAUGUUUUACUAAUGUAAACGUGUCUUAUUAGUAGCUGAAUGGAUCGAAUACUGUGAUACAAGCAAAUAAAUAAAAUGUACUACAAUCACUGCAGUGUUUAUUCCUGAAAACAGCUGAUAUUUUGAAGAUAAAAUAAACAUGCAUUAUGGAAAUUGAUACAAGUAUGUCGACAUAUGUAAGUAUUCGUUCGUUUUUUGGAGUGUAGUAUUACCAUUUUCUCUUGAUUUCAAACAAGUUUUACCUAAGCCUCCAUUCUGUCUUGUGUUGCCAGGUCUGAGGUUUUCCUGCAGCAUUGGUUUACUUUUAAAAUGUUGGAUAACU